AUGGCCGGGCGCUACGUAAUAUCACACCUGAAGAUGAUCUGUCUCAUCGUCUGCCUGGUCCUGCUAGCUGGCCCCAACACAGCCUUGGCUGGUACCCCCGAAACAGAUGUCUACUGGUUUAUACUGAAUAAAUUUCAAAACAUUAAUGCAAUUCUGGAUGCAAUGGAAGCUGCUCUGAUGUACCUUUCGAAGCAUACUUCAGGCAUAAAUGUGGAUGGCCUCAUUGGCGUGAGGAUGUUAGAGGGUGAGUUUGGCUGCGGCCGUUUUGGGCAAUUUUAUAUUCUUAUUAAUUAUUCCUUAAAAAGCCUUCUAACCUCUGACCUCCAAUAA